CAAACCCUGCUCUCAGAAUUACAGAGGCCAGGAACUUGGUGAUGACCUGCCUGUACCCAGCUGUUGUCAGAAUCCAUCCCAGCUCUCUAAGCCCUCUGACUGCUUUCUGGACAGACUUUGACACCCAUGUCAGUUCUGAAAUCCUGCUGGCCCCAUGGCGGGGAAAGAUUCAUCCCCUGGCUACCAGAUCCACCAGCCAUCUCAGACAGUGGUGCAGGCCACCUGCCAGAGGCGGACUCUGAGGAUAUCUCAGCUCAGGAGCCUUACUGCCUGGUCCUGGGGGAGGAGGAGCUGGCUGAGCUGAGGCUCUUCUGUGCUCAGAGGAGGCAGGAAGCUUUGGGACAGGGGCUGAUCCACGUGGUACCUCCUAAGCAUCAGCACACUUGUGAGAAGUGUAGGGAGCCACUGAAGCCAGGGGAGCACGGAGUGUUUGCAGCCCACGCAGGAAAGCAGCGCUGCUGGCACCUAGCUUGCUUUGCCUGCCAAGCGUGUGGUCAGGCCCUGAUCAGCCUCAUCUACUUCUACCAUGACGGGCAUCUCUACUGCAGCAGGCAUCACGCAGAACUGCUGAGACCUCGCUGCCCAGCUUGUGAUCAGCUGAUCUUCUCCCCUCGCUGCACUGAGGCAGAGGGGCGGUGCUGGCACGAGAACCACUUCUGCUGCCAGGACUGCGCCGGGCCCUUGGGCGGGGGCCGGUAUGCCCUACCGGGAGGCGGCCCCUGCUGCCCCAGCUGUUUUGAGAGUCGCUAUUCGGAUGCCGCCUCGAGCCCCGACCUAACAGCGGCAGGGAGGGCUUCUCUCGCAGCGCCCCCCCUCAGCCCCCAGACCCGAGCUUGGGGUCCCGCAGCUCUCACCGCGCGUCCCUGGCUGGAGCGCUCCGAGGGCCUCCCGAGCCCACCCAGCGCGGCGGUCAGGGCUGCGGCGCCGGACGGGUUCCUGGGCUGGGGGCAGUGGAGGCGGGGCUCGGCGGAGACGCAGAAGGGAACAGCGCCCAGCGGUGCGCCGAGGCCGGCCCCCCCGCACCGCUACUUUCCGCUGCUGCCAGCUCCGACCCGCAGAGCCAGAGGCGGCUGCCUGGAUCCAGCCCGGAGCAGGAGUGUCCAGCCGGGGAUAAGGCCGAGUCACCCGAAGAGCAGCAGCAGGACGCCCUGAAUGCGCCCCAUGACCCCAAGGAGGACACCUCCUGUCCCACCUGCUCUUCUUCUUCUGAUUCGGAACCCGAGGGCUUUUUCUUAGGCCAGCAGCUUCCUCAGUUCUGGAGGACCCCCGGGAGCCUUCCAGCUGGGGACAG